UGUAGCUGGCCCGUCCACUCACGACCCCACCUACGCUCACUAUGACUGUUACAGCCUCAGAUGACGCCUACAUCAUGGCAAGGCCGGAGGACGUCCUCCUCGCCUGUGUUGCAUACGAACGCCCUGAGAUGCGCACCCUCGACAACGUCAUCUCCCUCCACUCUCGCAAUGCUCUUGUCCUCGACAACUCCGCUAAAUCCGCUACCUCUGUGCUCAACCUCCCCGCUGAGAUUCUCUUGCGUAUUCGCAGCCAUCUCCAGUCGGAACUAAUCAGCUCGCUGACUGAGGACGCCGCCGCCGCACUUGAAGAGUACCAAUCUGCACUCGUCGAGGGCAUCUGCCCAGACUGCUUCUGGUGGCACACCGAUGUCUACGGACCCGACAUCUGGUCCUGGAUCGAGAACGGCUACCGCGGCGCGUGCAGCUGCGCUGUUGUCGGUGAUCUCGACCCACGCACGCCCUCCGAGGCAAAGCGACGCGUUUUUGAGAAGUACCAGGGCUUCGAUAUUGGCUCACGAGGGCAAUGGUUCCGCGCAUAUGUCCAGCGCACGUAUCUCGACGACGACACGACUGCAUGGCGUUUCGCCCGGGAUGUACUCACCGAAUUUGGCUGCAGGCACCGGUUCGAACGCAACUCGAUUCAGCUUCCUCAGCUUGCCGCAGCGGCCUCUGAGAGCGUGAUUUCCGGAGAAGCUCCCAAGAAGACGCCGCUCCGCACUACCUCCUGUGAUUUUGGUGCCCUCGUCCGUAUUGGACAGAACCAGCAGCGCGCUGCAUCCGAGGAAGAGCCCGCGACUACUUUCGGAAGGCUCUUGCGUGAACUCGAAUUCAAAGUGCCUGCCGAUGACGAGCCGAGUAUUGCAUUACAGAGCUCCGCUGCUCGCUUUGUGGACAAGAUUCACAGACGGACCGCCUGUGCAACUCAUUUCCUUGCGCAGCGUGGCCCGGCAUGUAAUUGCAUAGACUGCCUUGCGCUCUUCGCCAAGCCCGCGUCGCUCACGUCGUAUGCAUUCGCUCGUCGUUCCUUGUCUUCCACAACCCGCUCACGCUUGCCCUCUCCCCCUUCCCUGCCAUUCUCGCCGUUAUACAGUACCCUGACGAGUGUCGCGCUCGGCGCUGCUAGCAUUGCUUACCUUUUCGCGCGCGUCGUUUUGUGAAGAGGAGAAUGAUUGGGGCGUUAUUAUUAUCCGACCAAGUCGGAUAACAUCAACGUUUCGACUCAUGGAUGCUUUGUUGCCUCCGACGACCAACAAGUCACACAACACAGCAUAGCAUAGCACAUCUGCUUACGACCGACAUGCCAUCUGUUGUUUUCUCAUCAUCGCAUGCACGGACUUGACUGUCAUUUUUUCCUUCACGCACCCGGCAUUUUUUGAUACGCACGCAAGUUCACCCCACCAUGUAUAAAAAAAAACUCUCCCGCGUCAUUACCAUUGUACAGUAUCGCAUGCAUCCAUAUACGUUUCACGACUCCGGUUACGAUCUCUCGCUCUCCAUCCCCAACAUCAUUUCACGCGCUCUUAUUUUACUCACACCUUAUUAAACCUUCCUGUUAACCCCGCCUUGCUCGGUUUUCAUUUCGCACUUACAUUACCUUGCGCCUUCGUCAUCCGAUUUAUUAACCCGUUUGCUCUCAUGCUUAUUAGUACUGAUCCUGGCUGCGCAUUCCCACCACUUCUACCAUUCUCCCCUUCAGAUCGCAACCGGGUAUUGAUAAAAAGGAUCGAUUCGUUGUUUUCUUGGCUUGUUCACGUCUUCCAUUUUCUCCUGUUCUGUGCUUCUUGUCUUGAUAUCAACCUUCCGCAUUCAUAUAUAUACGGCAAACUGCAUUCCAACAUCGUCUCCCUCAAAAUCAUAUCUCC